AUGGUGGCGGCCAGAGCUUCGCAGGCGGAGGCGCUGAUGGUGGAGCUCGCGGUGGAAGGCAUGAUGUGCAUGAAGAACUGCGGCAACACAGUGCAGAACGCGCUGCGCAACGUGGACGGCGUGGCCGAUGCCGUCGUCGACUUCGAGAAGCGCAGCGCACACAUCGAGUGCGUCCCAGGCGCGAGUGUGACGGCUGACGACCUGGUGGACGCCGUCGAGUGCGUGGGCUUCGGUGCCGCAGUGAAAAUGCAGGUCAACACGGCGACGGAGAGCAAUACGCAGAACCCACUGACGCUCCAGCUGCUGGUGGAGGGAAUGAUGUGCCAGAAGAACUGCGGCACGACCGUCGAGAACGCGCUGCGAGGCGUGGAUGGCGUGGCCGACGUCGUCGUUAGCUUCGAACAACGUAAAGCUACAAUAACUCUACUUCGACCCGGUAGCGCGACGUUGGAGCAGCUGGUAGACAUGGUGGAGUGUGUGGGCUUCGAGGCCAGCGCGUACGACGCCGCUAAGGCUGCGGUUAUCAAACUACAAGCACAAAAGCAGAAGCAGCAGGAGACGGAGAACGUGGCCGUGGACAUACCCGACGUGGCCAGCCACCCACGCGCCGUGUUCCAUGUGGAAGGCAUGAGCUGUGCCGCAUGUGUGAAAGCCAUCGAGGAUUACGUGGGCAAGGCGGAGGGCGUAUUGCACUGUCGCGUGGGCCUCAUCAGCCAGAAGGCCGAGGUCUCGUUCGACCGUGAUCUGGUCAAGAAUGAGCAGACGUCACUCCAUAAACUCAUCCAGGACGCCGGCUACACGGCGACGUUCUCACACGUGGUGGAGCCCGGUGACGACGACUCGCUGGAGCUCAAGUUCACUGUCACGGGCAUGAGUUGCGCUGCGUGUGUGGGCAAGAUCGAGACGGCGGUGGGCAAGUUGCCUGGAGUGACGAAAGUGCUGGUCAAUCUGCCGCUAAACAAGGCGCAGGUGCAUCUGAAGCAGUUGGCCAAGACAGGUCCGCGUGACGUACUGGAGUGUAUCAAUGGCCUGGGCUACUCGGCCGAGGUGGCACUGCACACGACGGACCAGAACGCCCUGAGCAAGUCGGAGGUGGCAAAAUGGCGUAAACUUUUGACCACGGCCAUGAUUUUCUCCUUGCCGGCCACACUCAUCCACAUGGUGCUCAUGUACAUUCCGCCGGUAGAAAUGUUUCUAAUGACCCCGGUGUUCAACGCCGUGACGUUGAAGCUGCUGCUGCUCUUUCUACUCUCGACACCAGUGCAAUUUGGUGUUGGUCGACGGUUCUACGUGGCUGCGUGGAAAGGUCUGCAACACGGCGCUAUGGGUAUGGACUUCCUGGUUGUGGCCGGCACCAGCAUGUCGUACACUUACAGUUUUGUGUCCUUCAUGGGCUCGGCCCUGCACGAGAACUACAACGGCCACCACUUUUUCGAGUCUUCUGCGAUGUUGCUGACGUUCGUGACGCUCGGUAAGUACAUGGAGUCGAUGGCCAAGGGUAAAACAGCGGACGCUCUGUCGGAGUUGGCGAAACUUCAGCCAAAGACAGCGUUGUUGAUCCAAGAAGGCAAGCGGGACCGCGAAAUUCCAAUUGAGCUGGUUCAACGAGGUGAUUUAUUGCGUAUUCGACCAGGAGCCAACAUCCCAACAGACGGCGUGGUGAAGUCUGGCUCCAGCUCGACAGAUGAGUCGAUGCUGACGGGUGAGAGUAUGCCGGUGGCCAAGAAAGAGGGUGACUAUGUGUUUGGAUCGACGGUUAACCAACAAGGCGCGUUGGUUAUUGAGUCCAGCUGUAUGGGUGGCGAGAGCUCGGCUUUGUCGCAGAUCUGUGCGUUGAUCGAAGAUGCUCAGCUCCACAAGGCUCCGAUCCAGGCAUAUGCUGACUGGUUGGCGUCGAUUUUCGCUCCUUGUGUACUGGGCAUGUCGGUGAUGACGUUCAUUGCGUGGAUCACUUUGCUCUCUGUCGAUCUCAUCCCGACGGAGUGGAAAGUGGAGCUGGGUGUUGAUGUGUUAGUCGACCAUGCAGAUGACUUGUAUGUCGCGAUCUUGUUUGCUAUCACUGUAGUCGUCAUCGCGUGUCCGUGUGCUUUGGGACUGGCUACACCCACCGCUGUUAUGGUUGGGUGUGGUGUUGGCGCCAAGAAAGGGGUACUUAUCAAGGGCGGUCGAGCGCUCGAGACAGCGCGGUAUAUUGAUACCAUCGUGUUCGACAAGACGGGGACACUUACUGUCGGACACCCGUCUGUACGUGACAUUCUGGUUGCUGACCGUACGUAUACGGCGCGUGAGCUUCUGUACUACGGCGCGUCGUUGGAGUGUGUGAGUGAACACGUUCUUGGCAAGGCUAUCGUGGUGACAGCCACUGAGUAUGAGAAGCUAGAGCUACAGGACCCGACAGAGGUGCAUGUUACUCCUGGUCGAGGUAUUGAAGGUGUAGUUGCUGCGAGUAACGUAACGAGUCGACGUACUGCUGUUCGUGUGCUCGUGGGCAACUCUGAGUACUGUGAGGAGAAGGGAAUUGAGAUUAGCGACAAGAUGCGAGUUCAGAUGCAUGAAAUGGAGCUGGAGGGCAAGACUGUGGUGGUUGUCUGUGUGGAGAACAAGCUGGUGGGUGUGAUCGCCUUGGCUGAUGCUCCUCGUCCGGAAGCUGCAGCUGUCGUGAAGCACUUGAAGUCCAUGGGACUGGAUGUGUGGCUGAUCACUGGCGACAACCUCCGUACAGCCAGCGCCAUCGCUCGUCAGAUGAGCAUCAACCACGUCAAGGCGGUGGCUCUACCAGGCGAGAAGGCUGCUCAGAUCAAGGCGCUGCAGUCGCAGGUGAACCCUCUGACUUUGAAGCCGCGUAUUGUGUGUAUGGUUGGUGAUGGUAUCAACGACGCGCCAGCUCUGGCCCAGUCGGACAUCGGCAUGGCCAUCGGUGCUGGCACACAGAUCGCCAAGGCGGAGGCUGACAUGGUGCUGGUAAAGAGCACGCUGACGGAUGUGGUGGUGGCUCUGGAUCUGGCUCGUGUGGUCUUCUCUCGUAUCAAGUUGAACUUCUUCUUCUCGAUCAUCUACAACGCCGUGGGGAUUCCUCUGGCUGCUGGCAUGUUCUUCCCGCUGAUCCACCGGAUGAUGCCGCCUGCGUGUGCUGGUCUAGCCAUGGCCUUCUCAUCGGUAUCAGUAGUGACAUCAUCACUCUUGCUGAAGAAGUACAAGUCGCCUCGAAUUCUACAACCAAAGGCUCAAAAAGUGCACUUCGAAGAAGAUCUACAGGUUGUGGAUCUCAAGAACCUUGUGCGUCUAAAAGUCAGCAACGUGCGCUACGCGCCGUUGACGAAUGUGGACGAGCGGCUGGUGCGUCCUAAAGCUCCUGCUCAGUAA